CCGACCGACCCACAAAAAUCGGCCCGUGUCAAAAUCUUUUUUGACCUCUUUUCAAGCAUUUUUUUUUUUUUUUAAACCAAGUUGUGUCAAGCAAACGUUUUAAAACCCAGAUAUAUUUAACCAAACUUUAUUAACGUUUGUCGAUUCGUUGAAAAUUAGAAAUUCUGUAGGCCUUGCUUUUAGUAUUAACAAUAACGAGAACACGUAUUUCCCGUGAUAGCACGAGAUCUCGCAGUGCAUGUUGAUGGCACGUGCACGUGAUAAUGGCGUUUCGCUUGGACAUGAAUGAAAGUGUGAAACGAAAGCAUUUGUGCAACUUUACACUGUGUUGUUCCGUUGUUCUACACUGUGGGACGUUAUCAAACAUUAUAUGCAGUAAUGUUAUUUCCGAUUUCGGCGAUGAUUGUAAUUGGAAUGAGGUACUCGAGUCAUUAAUUACGCAUUGUGACCGUUCAAAAAGCGGAAACGACUUGUUUCGAUUGAUGGAAUCCGACAAACGUUCAGUGUCUUUGACUUCAACAUUGAAUGGAACAGAUAUGUUUUAUCCUAAUAUGCAGGAGAAAAUAAGUGUCGUGCAUCACUUUGACAAAUGUUUAAAGUACGCCAAAUUUGAAAUUGAACGAUGUGUUACGGAACCGUCAAACAACGAGAGUGCUUUGUUGACCGGCGGCGGUGUGAACGCAUUUCGCAGGAUGAUGGACGCUAGAACCGAAACGAAACCACCGCCACUAAAGGACGUCAGAAGUGGUAGAUUCACAGCAAAAGACAAACUCUACAAUGACGUAUGUGUGGAACUGAAACGAUCUGGAGCAGAAUUUCCAAAAUCUCUUCUCCCUGAUGAAGUUAUGAAGCAGGUUGGGGCGAUUGUUGACCUGCUCUGGUACAUUGAUGGGAAUGUAUCUACUAUUCAGGAAAGGUCUACACACGUACCAACAGAGAUCACACCAGUGCCAAAUAGGUUCUUGAAGUUUGAAGGCUACAAUGAUUGGAGGAAAAAGAAGUCAAAGAAGCCACAGCUACAUGCAAAAGAUCUUGAUAUUCAUACCCAAAUCGUAUUUCGUUUGACAAGCAAGCCCUAUGUACAAGUUUGGAAUAAUGAACUUAAAAAUGAUUUAAAUUCCUUGGCAGCUUCCCUCAGCUCUUAUGCCUCCUACUUGAAGUCGAGCAACAUCAAGCAGCAAACUAGGCAACAACAGCUUUAUCCAGUUCGACAGGUAACUGAUAAUGUAUGGAUUGAGUACAAACCUGCUUCAGCAACAACAGUAGCACCAGAGUAUGCAAUUCUAGAAACAGCAUUAGGCGAGUUAAAAGACUUUGAAAUCCUAUUCUUUGAUCCAGAUGUACACCAAAUUUCAAGUAAAACUGGAUCACAAAAGUAUCAAGAAAAGUACAGAUUUUUUGACAAUCUUCAUCUUUCGCAAGACGUGGCUUUGCUGUCCUAUGAUCCAGGUGGUUCGCAAACAUCUAGUAAAGUUAUUUGGAAAAUUCCAGCAGGAGUCGGCUCUUCAGAGUUAAUGACUACUGCAAGUCGUGUUGUAAAAGACCUCGGUUCCAGACUGUCAGAAUUCCAUACAAGGCAAAUGAAGCGAGAUUUCACAAGAAAGUUCUGCAAUGUAGCAGGAAGCAAGAUUCCAUCUCAUGUGUUAAGGGCAAUAUAUGCAGAAUUGACUCUUGAUGCAUCAUCAGAUCAAAAUCCUGUCAUAGACGCCAGAGUUCGGCAAGCAGUACUGGCUGGUGAUCCAGAUUUGGUGGUUGAUAUGCGCCAUUUAAAUAAAGGCCGUCCAGAUGAUGCAUUUGAUGCAUUUUUCCAGGAACUAGAAAAGCAAAUCGAGUCAAUAACUGCAGCUGAUGAAAGACGUCAUAAUGUUGAACAUAUUUCCAGAUUUAUUUCUGUGCGGGACUUGAUUGAGCAAGUAAAAUCUCGCCUUCCCCCCAACACAGCAGUACCAAGUGAAUCUACAGUCCUCUUUGCUUUUGUGCCAAAAAAUUCUCAUACUAAAGUAGCAAAACUUUACAAAAGUCGAGUGCCUUUGAGAUUUACUGUGCAAACACGACAGCUUCGGGCUUCACACCAAGAUGAUCACUAUUGUGCAGCACAGUUCAAAUAUAUGCGUGAGUUUGCUGUGAAACAUCGAGACAGAGUUACCUUUGUGUGUCUAGAUGACAAAUCAAAACUAGAUUUUGGAGAGCCGGGUGCUGCCUUAUCAUCAGGAGUGCGCGGAAAGAAAUCUGUUGUUCCUACUACAUCAACUCUUUCAUGUUUGGAUCAUGAUGUAGGCCAAAAGGGCUCUAUCACACCAUCAGUGUGUCUGAAUGUAGAGAUACCUGAAACACCAGACGGUUCUUUCUACAGAGGCCAAGUAACUGUUAUUUUCAAAGAUAGCAUUUUUGAGCCAAGCUCACCCUUUAGGCAUGCUGUUGAAAUUCAGAAUAUCCUAGCACAGGAAGGUACCUUCAAACCAGUCUUGAUGUUGUUCACAGAUGGUGGUCCUGAUCACAGAGUCACAUAUCAUGCAGUGAAACUUUCACUCAUCAUUCUCUUUCGGCGUCUUGGCUUGGACAUGAUAGUUGCUGGUCGAACAGCCCCAGGGCACAGUUGGGCAAAUCCUGCAGAAAGAAUCAUGAGUUUACUUAAUCUUGCAUUUCAGAAUGCAGCUCUAACGAGGAAUGAAUGUACUAGUGCUGUGGAACAGGCACUGAGGAGUUGCAAUUCAAUGGAAGACAUCCGGAAAAAGAGUCGGACUGUACCAGGACUUGAAGAUGCUUGGGUUGCAUCACUCCAAGAGAUGGAAAAAAUGCUUCAGGAGAGAGUUGAGCGGAUCCAGUUGAAAGGUCAAAACUUUAAAUGUCUCAGUGCAGCUACAAAAGAUGCAAUCAAUGAAUUUGAGGAUGAUAUCCAGAACAUUGAUCCAGAACUUGUUAAGGGACAAUAUCAGCAAGUGAAUGUGAACAAAAGGCAGAAAUAUCAGGACUUUUUGAAGACUCACUGUCUAGAGCGCACAUACACUUUUCAGGUCAGAAAAUGUAAUGAUGCGACAUGUUGUGUUCCGCCAGUUAUUCAGUUUCCUUGGCUGCCUGACCCAGAAAUUGCCUCGGAUGGUCAGCACUUCAAGCCCUUUGAUGAAGUACUUGGCUUUCCUACGACUGAAAAAGACCGUCCAUCUUCUCAAAGGCAAACCCUGACUGCUAUUGCGGAAGAUCAACAGGGCUGCAAGAAUUCAGUACUUGUUGGUCAGAAUGUCCGGCAGACGGUUCACUGCCAUGAAUGUGGGAAACCACGCUGUGUCUACUCAAAAUCCUCUUUCACAAGUCGUGAUACCAGGUCCUUCAAGCGACUGAUCGAGUCUCAUGACUACACUUGUGGGUCCAUCUUGACCCCUGAUGGUCACAUACUUCAAGGCAAGGCAUUUGUCAGACUUCAGAUGUGCUGUACCACUCCAAUCGAGUUUGCAUAUUUUGCAUCAUCGUCCAUCGUCCGCAAGGAUAUAUGUUGUCAUUGUGGGAGUUUCGGGGCAGAACGAGACAAGGAUCUCAUGCAGAACUAUCGCGUUGUAUUACCUGUUUGCAUUAAUUGCAAGCACCUUGGAUCUCCAAAGAGGAAUCCUAUUCGGAAAUGAAUAUGUUAACUAGUGUGUUAAUCUUAACUAUAAAACAGUACACUUU